CAGGCGCUCGACGGUCGCGAUUUGUGUUAUUUGAGUAUUCUAACGUUUGUCGAUUGUUUUCGCUGUGUUGUGUUGUGUUUAGGCGAUUAAACGAAGGUCACACUGGAUCUUGACCUACACCACCGUGCCAGCGGUCACCUAAUGAGUGCCGCUGGUGCAAUGUGCGACAGGGGCUACAGCGUGAGCCACUUUCCCAUGGCGCCUAUGUCCAUGAGCAUUGGCAGCAUGGAGGCUGUCAUGAGCAAGAAGGGUCAGGAGGAGCAUAUCAAACGACCCAUGAACGCCUUCAUGGUCUGGUCGAGGCUUCAAAGGCGGAAAAUCGCCCAGGAUAACCCCAAGAUGCACAACUCGGAGAUCUCUAAGCGAUUAGGUGCGGAAUGGAAGUUACUCACAGAGGACGAGAAAAGACCGUUUAUAGAUGAGGCAAAGAGGCUUAGAGCGAUUCACAUGAAAGAACACCCGGACUACAAGUACAGACCACGAAGAAAACCCAAGACCUUAAGAAAGGAGGGCUACCCAUACUCGAUACCAUAUCCAAGUGUGCCUAUGGAUGCGCUAAGAGCUGGUAUGGCAAGUGGAGGUAUGAGCCAAGCGAUGUCUGGGUACUACGGGGCGGCAUAUGGUCCUCUGGGAGCCAGCAUGGCGGCGGCGGCAGCAGCAGCCGCACAGCAAAAUGCCAUAUCAGCAGCACUCACACCUAAUGCACAGGUGGGUAGUACGAUGGACAUGUCAAAAUAUUCCAUAGAAGACAAAUACAGAAGCUACAGCAUGUAUCCCGACCCUGCUAGAGGAUACCUCGAUUCCGCGGCCUUGUCUAAAGCCUACAUGUACAUGGAUCAACAACAACAACGGUAUCCAAUGGACAUCAGCAAGAUGUACUCAGAGGCGUCAGCUGCCGCGAUGGCUGGGUUAAGCGUACCUCCAAGUAUCUCUCCACGCUCUACUGAAUCCCCUGACGUAAUACCGAAGCACGAUCGCCCAGAGGGCAGCUCGUCCACUGGGUCUAAUCCCUCGCCGUCUUUGCCCUAUUAUCAGUCACCUGGGCUUCUCAUGCCGCAGUACCCGAGUCAGUACGCGCAGAGUACCCAAAGUGGAGAGUUUCGGAGGCCACUCACUGUAAUUUUCUGACCCGACAGCUAAGCUUGUAAAUAUGGACAUAAUAUAAUAUAGGACAAUCUGGAUCACGUUUUAUGAGAAUGUAAAUAGAUAUUUAUCAUGCAUUUUUAAGUAUAUAUAUUUUACCUUAUAUGUGAGGAUUUUUUAAUUAUUGCAUUUAUAUUAUGUUGUUUAUUUGUCGUUCCUCUAUAUUAAUCUAUUGGUGAUAGACGUAUAAAUUAGGUUUAGGAAUGUAUUAGAAUGAAUCUAUGUUAUUUCUGAGUUUUUGUUUCUAUUUUGUCUAGAAAGUUCGUAUGAAUCGUCAUAGAUAGGAACAGUUUUGGACGUUUUGUGUUGUCAUAAAACUCAAGAAAUAAGAUUGGUUAUUUUAAUCGAUUGUCCCUCUCAAGCAACGAAAUAUAUUGUAAAUAAUGUAGAAAAUUAGACAUAAUUUAUAAUUAAAAUUAAUAUAAGAUCUUGAAGAAUUAUCUGUUAUAAUUGUUAUUUUA